AUGGAUGUGUUAAGUGAAGAGACCGGGAAUGAAGAGCCGUGGGAGUUGUUGUACACCGAUGGUCUGAUGAUUAUUGCCGAAAAUGAGGAAGACCUACAGAGAAGGGUUGUAGAGUGGCAGGAGUCUGUGGAGACAGGUGGCUUAAAGAGUGAAUCUGUUUGUGGAAAGAGCACAGUUGAUGCAAUUUUUGCACUAAGGCAGACAGUAGAGAAAUAUAGAGAGAAAGAGAAGGGAUUACAUCUGUUGUUUAUUGACUUGGAAAAAGCAUAUGAUAGGGUACCUAGGCAGAAAGGUUCAGCCCUUAGCCAAUACGUGUUUGAUAUUGUGAUGGAUGUUAUAACAUCGGAAGUUAGGGAAGAGGUGCCUUGGUGUGCAGUGUUUGCUGAUGACAUUGUGCUGACUGAUCUAACAAGAGAAGGUGUCAAACUCAAGCUAGGAAGAUGGAGAGAAGAACUUGAGAGUAGAGGCUUAAAAAUUAGCAGAACAAAGACAGAAUAUAUGUGGACAGGUGGAGAGGAAUGGCAGGGAACAGUGAAACUGGGCCAAGAAGACAUAAAGAGGGUUAGCUCCUUCAAAUAUCUUGGUUCUGUUGUGAGUGAGAAUGCUUGGAUGAAUUGGAGAAAGUCAUCAGGGAUACUUUGUGACAAGAGGAUCGGUGCAAAAGUUAAAGGAAAGUUUUAUAAAAGCAUAGUUAGACCCUCCAUGCUCUAUGGGGCAGAGACUUGGCCAAUAAAGAAAGAACAAGAAAGAAGAAUGGAAGUGGCCGAGAUGAGAAUUCUUAGGUGA